UUUCUUUUUGUUUUUCCAAUCUUCUCUCUCCUUCUCUUUUUGUCUUCUUUAUCAAAACCCCAAGCAACCCCAACAUUCCACUCUCCCUCCCUCCCAACACUUUCUCUCAUCUUCUUCCUCUCUCUUUGGAUCUUCUUCCUCCCCAAUUAAGGGUUUUGAUUUAUAGAAUUGGUGAUCUUGGCUUGGAAUUGAGGCCUUGUGCCACAGUUUUUAUUACGGUCACGAGGCAACUAUAUAGCUCCAUAUAGUUUAUUUCAGUUAGAUUCAGAUAUUUAUAUAAAUGAAUAUGGCUCCUGUUUCAUUGCCUCCUGGGUUUAGGUUCCACCCCACAGACGAAGAACUCGUUUCUUAUUACCUGAAAAGAAAGAUAAACGGUCGUAAGAUUGAGUUAGAGAUCAUCCCUGAAGUUGAUCUUUAUAAGUGUGAACCAUGGGACUUGCCAGGGAAGUCAUUGUUACCGGGGAAAGAUUUGGAGUGGUAUUUCUUCAGCCCUAGAGAUAGGAAGUACCCUAAUGGAUCAAGGACCAAUCGUGCAACAAAAUCUGGGUAUUGGAAAGCCACAGGGAAGGACCGUAAGGUGAAUUCUCAGAGCCGUGCAAUAGGGAUGAAGAAAACCCUAGUUUACUAUAGAGGUAGGGCACCACAUGGUUGCCGCACCGGUUGGGUUAUGCAUGAGUACCGUCUUGAUGAGACUCAGUGCGAAACUAAUUCAGGCUUGCAGGAUGCAUAUGCUCUUUGCCGUGUGUUCAAGAAGACUGCAGUGAUUCCCCCAAAAGUUGGAGAUCAGCACUAUGUUAAUGUUCUUAGCCAUGCAAAUCAGAUGACAAGUGAUCAAUCAUCAAGCAUUGACAUUGAGCUAUACUCAGAAGGAAGAGGAGAAGUUUUAGAGAGCUCAAAUUAUUUGAUGCCGUGGGAUACAUGCCCAUCCCCAAACAUAAAUAUUGGGUCUUCUCUCAAUAUCAAUAUCAAUGGUGGGACGAAAAGGGAUAAUAAUAAUAAUAAUACUGGGACAUGGUCACACUUCUUAUCAUCAGAAGACUUACUCAAUCUUCCAACAUCUACUUCUUCAUUUCCCAAUUAUGGAUCUAUGAGUUACCCUCCAUCAAAGGUGGAUAUAGCACUAGAGUGUGCAAGGAUGCAGCAUAGGUUUACCAUGCCUCCUUUGGAGGUGCAGCAGGACUUCCCUCAAGUUGGCAUUUCCGAGCUGAAGAUGGCACAAGCCUCGGCUUCCAAUAUGUGCGGAGGAAGCAGAAAUAAUGAAACAGAUAUCUUGCAGGAAAUUCUUUCAGUUGCUCAUGCUUCCCAGGAAUUAAUAAAUCAAUCCAACUACUCAUCAGCACAGGCAUUUGGUGCCAAUGAAAACAACUACGCUCCUCCUCAUGAAAGUGAUUUCACUUUUAUGGUUGGCACCAAUUACAAUCAUGUGAAUGAUAUGAACACCAUGGGAUUUGUUGACAAUAUAGCAUGGGAAGACCCUAACGCAAGAUCAAUAGAGAUCGGGGAUCUUGAUGAUGGAUUCAAGACAGAGAGGAUGGUAGAGAAUUUAAGAUGGGUUGGAAUGUCCAGCAAAAAUAUGGAAAAGGGCUUUAUGGAAGAGCAAAAGAUUGUGCCAAUUGAGCAUAUCUCAAACUUCCAAGCUAACAGGGAAGAAAAUGAGGUGCAAGUAUCUGAGCAGCACAAUAGCAACAAAGAACUCAAUGAUACUGACAUUGAUGAUUUCUCAAUGGGAUUCAUCAAUACUGACGACCCCAAUGAGAACUUCAUAGAUGAGGGUAACAUUGACUAUUCAAAUUCUACAAACUUUGAGGUUGUUGAGGAAACAAAAGUCAGUCAUGGAAUGUUUGUCUCCACUCGCCAAGUAGCUGAUACAUUCUUUCAUCAAAUAGCUCCUUCACAAACCGUCAAAGUUCAACUCAAUCCAGUACUGGCUGAAAAUCAAUCUAUAGAGAAUGCAGUAGUAAUGGUUAACCAAGGGCACUCUUUCUUUAGAAAGUUUAGGGCUUAUGUGAUGGGGAAGCUGAUCAAGCCAUCAAACACAAUAGCAAGUGCCCUUGUAUUCAUCUUUGCACUUUUGUUGGUGCAUUGUGUUUGUUUGAAGGAGCAAGUAGGUGAAGAUUUGAAACCAGACCCCAAAUGCUUUGAUGGUGCUAACACCAUGAAGAAAAUGAGACAAUUACCAGCUGAGAAUAAUAUCAUAUGGAAUGAACAAGAAAUUUUUUGGUCUGUUGGUAUUAAAUGUGGGAAAGGAUUUGGUGUGGUCUUGAAGAAGAUAGGCAUUUUCCUCACCAUAUCAUUGGCUCUUUGUACCAUGUGGGCUAAUCAUGUUAUAGUUGACUCUUAGAGGUUAUAUACCUAAUUUUAUUUUGUUUUUAGUUUCUAACUUAAUUAGAAGGAUCACAUUAAAUUCUCAUAUUGGACUUCUCCUAGGGGGAUUGAUGUAUCCACAUACUUGUAUUUUACUUGGUUAAACAUGUCACUUUGAUUAAGAAUUAAUUGUAUUCAAUUGGAUUAAUAGAAUUGUAUACUUUUAUUUUUUAUUUAA